CGGGGCCGCACCGGACUCGCCAUGGACUACUCCUACCUCAACUCCUACGAGUCCUGCGUGGCCGCCAUGGAGGCGAGCUACGAGUUCAGCCCCUGCAGCCAGGCGGGCUCCUUCCAGUACAGCCCCAUGCGGGGGGGCUUCGGGCCCGCGCCCGCCUGCGCCCCCCUCGCCUCCGCCAGCUGCGCCCUGGGCGCCCUCCGCGACCACCAGCCCUCGCCCUACUCGGCAGUUCCCUACAAAUUCUUCUCGGACCCGUCGGGGAUCAACGAGAAGCGGAAGCAGCGGCGGAUCCGGACAACGUUCACCAGCUCCCAGCUGAAGGAGCUGGAGAGGGUGUUUGCCGAGACCCACUACCCCGACAUCUACACCCGCGAGGAGCUGGCCCUCAAGAUCGACCUCACCGAGGCCCGGGUGCAGGUGUGGUUCCAGAACCGUCGGGCCAAAUUCCGCAAGCAGGAGCGUGCGGCCAAUGCCAAGGGUGCCAGUGGCACCGGCAGCACCGGGAAGAAGUCGGAGCCGCGCUCCUCCUCAGAAGACGACGAAUCCAAGGAAUCCAACUGCAGCCCGACUCCAGACAGCACGGCGUCCCUGCCCGCUGCUGCCAUCGGCAGCCCCGGCGGCAGCCUGAGCCCCAGCCCUGGCGCGGGGGCACCCCUGGGACCCGGCCAUGCCCCCCAGCCCCUCAAGGCACCCCUCUGGGCAGGGGUGGGGGGCGGCAGCGGUGCCCCCAACACGGCCGAGCUGCUGAAGGCCUGGCAGCCCACCGAGGCUGUGCCGGGACCCUUCUCCGGCGUCCUCUCCUCCUUCCAUCGGAAACCAAACGGCAUCAAGACAAACCUCUUCUGAUCGCUGAAUCGCCGGAUCCAGCUGCUCCCCAACCCCCCCUCGGCCCCCACCCUGCACCCUCCACCCACCGCCCCCACCACGGACCCAGCCAUGAUGCUUCAGCAAACGGGGAGAGGGAGCAGGGACCGCCCCCGCCACCUCCCGGACCCUGCGCUGAUGGGACGGACCCGGAGUGGGGGCAGCUCCCACCGUCACCGAUGGGUGCUGCGGGACCAUGGGGUGCCAGGCGGGGGGCACCACCCCCACGCUCAGCCAGCGUGCCCCUGGCAGAGCCUUCGGGUUUGGGGGCUCCCGGCGCACUCCAGGUUUAGGGGUAGAUGCGGGGCUCCCCACAGCACUGCGGGUGCUCCAGCAUCGCCCCAGGAGACCCCCCCCCCUCAAUGGGCUGUGCCGCUGGGCUGGGGGCGAGGAAGCACUUUAUGGGGGGGCUCUGGGGGCCACGGGGUGCGCAGUGCCGGGGAGUCCGGCACGGAGACGCCCCUUGGGGUGGGGAGGAGUUGAUUUCCCCCAGAUCCUGCCUGCUGACAUGGAUUCCCCCCCAGCAGCACCCUGGCGGGAAGAAGACACACCCCCCCACCCCCUUCCCCCCCCGAAGACUUUGGGGAGUAAACGCAGGGCUGGGAGGUUCAGCACUCACCUGCAUUGCUGCAGGCAUUGCCAAUGGGGACGGGGCACCAAAACUGCUGGGGGUGAGGUGGCCUCCCUGAGGGGGCUGUUGUGAGAUGGACCACCCGGAGCAGCCAGUGGGAUGUCUCGGAGUAGCCACGACCCCUUGCCAGCAGCAGGCUGGUGGGAGCUCGGGUGCAGCUGGGACCUCCCCGCCCAUCCCCGCCCAAAGGGUCCCCGAGGGGCGGUGGUGCUGGUGGGCCCCUCGUGCCCAGCCACCCACUACACUGGUGCUGCCAUGCUGGUGGGCUUCAUGGUGAGGAUGCUGGCAGCCCACCCACGUGUCCCUGUUCCCCCUGUAUCCCUCCCAGUCCCCCCCGAGGUGGGUUCCCCACUUUUUUUUGUUUUUUAACCAUUCUGUAAUUUAUUACCCACAUUUGCAAAUGCCACCAAUCCAAAUUAAACUUAAUUUAUUGACGCUGC